GACAGGAGCUCCCUCCCCCGCGCCCAGGAGGGGCCCCGCGUUCUCCCCGUGCUCCUCCCCUCUGCGCGGAGGGGCCCGGGCCCUGCCCCUCCCCCGCUCCCUGCUAACCACGGGGGCCCCGUACAUGAAUUAUGUCGGCCACAAGCGUUGACCCUCAGCGACCGAAAGGACAAGAUAAUAAAGUACAAAAUGGUUCAUUGCAUCAGAAGGACACAGUUCAUGACAACGAUUUUGAACCUUACCUUUCUGGACAGUCAAAUCAGAAUAAUAGCUAUCCAUCAAUGACUGAUCCCUAUUUGUCCAAUUAUUAUCCACCAUCUAUUGGGUUUCCCUAUUCUCUCAGUGAAGCACCGUGGUCUACUGGAGGAGAUCCUCCUAUCCCAUACCUCACCACCUAUGGACAGCUCAGUAAUGGAGACCAUCAUUUUAUGCAUGAUGCUGUUUUUGGACAGCCUGGGGGUCUGGGAAAUAACAUCUACCAACACAGAUUUAAUUUUUUCCCUGAAAAUCCUGCUUUCUCAGCUUGGGGAACAAGUGGAUCCCAAGGACAGCAGACUCAAAGUUCAGCUUAUGGGAGCAGUUACAGCUACCCACCUAGUUCACUGGGUGGUACUAUUGUGGAUGGACAAACAGGAUUUCAUAAUGAUACUUUGAAUAAAGCACCUGGAAUGAAUAGUAUUGAACAGGGAAUGGUUGGACUUAAGAUUGGUGGAGAUGUAACAACUUCUGCUGUGAAAACAGUAGGUUCUGUUGUCAACAAUGCCGGAAUGACAGGUGCUCUUCCUGGUAAUGGUGGAUCCAGUGUAAACUUGCCAGUAUCUAAACCAACCUCUUGGGCUGCUAUUGCCAGCAAGCCUGCAAAACCACAACCUAAAAUGAAAACAAAAACUGGGCCGGUAAUUGGAGGAGCUUUACCUCCACCACCUAUAAAACAUAAUAUGGACAUAGGUACUUGGGAUAAUAAGGGUCCUGUGGCAAAAGUUCCUGCUCCCCAGCAGAUCCCAUCUCCUCAGUCUGUCCCACAGCAACAAAUGGUUCAGCCUAUUCCAGCUCAACCUCCUCCAUUGACCCAGCCACAGUAUCAAAGUCCUCAGCAACCACCCCAAAACCGCUGGGUGGCUCCCCGCAACAGAAAUGCAGCUUUUGGCCAAAGUGGAGGAACUGGUAAUGAUAGCAACUCAACUGGCAGUACCCAGCCUAACUCUGUCCCAAGUGGCGAAUCCCAUCCCGUUCUUGAAAAACUGAAAGCUGCUCAUAGCUAUAACCCGAAAGAUUUUGAAUGGAAUCUUAAAAAUGGACGUGUGUUCAUAAUAAAGAGCUAUUCUGAGGAUGAUAUUCAUCGUUCCAUUAAAUAUUCUAUUUGGUGUAGCACAGAACAUGGCAACAAACGCUUGGACAGCGCUUUCCGAUCCAUGAAUAGUAAGGGCCCGGUCUACUUACUAUUCAGUGUUAAUGGUAGUGGACAUUUCUGUGGAGUAGCAGAAAUGAAAUCACCUGUGGACUAUGGCACUAGUGCUGGCGUCUGGUCUCAGGACAAAUGGAAGGGGAAAUUUGAUGUCAAAUGGAUCUUUGUGAAGGACGUGCCCAACAACCAGCUCCGACACAUCAGGCUGGAGAACAAUGACAACAAACCAGUUACAAACUCCCGUGACACACAGGAGGUGCCCUUAGAAAAAGCAAAACAAGUGCUUAAAAUUAUUGCUACUUACAAGCACACAACCUCCAUCUUUGAUGACUUUUCCCAUUAUGAAAAGCGCCAAGAAGAGGAGGAGGUGGUGCGGAAGGAACGGCAGAAUCGAAACAAACAAUAAGAAUAAACGUAUACAAUUUGCUAUAUAUAAUAGAACUGAUAUUAAAUUCGACUAUGAAAAACAAAUCUUAAAACGUAAUCUGGUGCUAUAUCCUGGCAUCAGGACAAACUAAAGCUUUCAGCUCCAAUAUUUCUUCUCGUGCAGGGGGAAUUAAGUUGUUGCAUCUUUAAGUACAUUGUAGUUUGUUUUUGCCCAGGUGGAUCUGCAUUAAUUUGUAUCUUUUCUAUGUAAAAUGCUAUAGAAUCCAUUAAUAAAGGUGUAUCUGUUUUUAUUUUUUAAGUUAGUAAACAAUUAUACUGACCUAAUAUGGAACUAUAAAUGAGCAUCCUAAAAAUGUCAGUGUUUCCCAAAGACUUUAUUUUGGCACAAAUUAUGUUCCUAUUCUGAUAUUCACCAUAAUUUUGUAUAUGACAGAAUUUCUCUCCUCUUCAUCCCAAACCCUGUUUCUUCAUCGCACUCAUAAGAAACCAUUGAGUUUUGUCACUUUAAGAAUGUUGUUUAAGAGAAAUACUGCAUUCAGAAUAUUGAAAUAAAUUCAAUUUAAGAUCACUUUUUAAUUUAAUUAUACAAUUAUACUUUAAAAAAUGCGAACAUGCCACUUCGAUUUUUUCUGUCUCAAAGAAAAUCAAAUUGUCAGUGAAAUUGUUUAACUCUGAAAAUAUUUCCCUUUCACAUUCUGUUAGCCAGUGCUUCAGUGUGCAUUUGUUAUACCCAUAUCCUGAAGAGAGUUAGUGAGAUGCUUUCUCUCAGCCAUAAUUCUGCUUUAUUGUUUUUGUAGCUUAAUAAUUAAAUAAUAAUGUAAAUGCUAUCAACAUUGCAGGGUUUUUGGACAGUGUGUUUAAACCUGUUUCAGCUUUCAGGUGUUUAGUUAAUUGCAGAUCAUUUUUAAUCUUUCCCUUUCUUUUCCCCCCAAAAUCCCAAUGCCAUUUAAAGUUUUUAUACCAAUAAUGCUGAGCUUUAACGUAGAAACUAAUAGUAUGGACAAUAUGAUGGAUUAUGCCUCAGAUGUUUAAAAUUGACUGUGUAUGUCUAAUUUUUUUUCUGUUGGAUGAGUAAAAAAAAAUGUUUUAAGAAACUGAAUUUGCUGUCAUGUUUUUGUGGAAUAAGGGAACCGUUGAAGAACUCGUCACCAACUGGAGUUUCAAUUAAGCAUGAAAAUUGUGCUCAUGCCUGUUGCUCUAGCACACUGAAUCUGCACGUGUUUAUUGUAGAGGAUCUUUUACUAUAUUAGAAAGCAAAUAUCGUCUUCUGAAAACUAUUUACUCCAAAAGGACCUCUGAUUUAAAUAAAGUUUAAGCUGUAUCAUUUAGACUUGUAUUUAGAACGUAUAACUUUGUCUCUGGACUGUCACUGCCUGUAAGGACUCAUGGACAGCAUCAGAUUAACUUUUUUCCUCUAGGAGAAUACAAGCCUUAAUAAACAAUACAUA